AUGGGUGUUUUGUAUUCAGGUGCCGAUGACUGCUGCAUGAAAGGUUGGGAUGAGAGGAUCGACAGCAGGACGCCCAUAUUCAUGAACAGAAAGGAGCACUCUGCAGGCGUGUGCUCCAUUCAGUGCAGCUAUUUCAGUGAGCACGUCUUGGCAACAGGGAGCUACGAUGAGCAUCUCAGGAUAUGGGACUUGAGGAACGUUGCAAAGCCCGUGACAGCCAAGAAGGCUUCCCUGCAAGGUGGCGUGUGGCGCGUGAAGUGGCACCCACGCAAGCGGGACCUCAUUCUCGCCGCCUGCAUGCACAACGGGUUUCGGGUGGUGAGUGCGGGUUCCAACGAAUUGCGCACCGUGGAACACUACACUGCGCACAAGAGCCUUGCCUAUGGCGCCGACUGGUCUUGGCAGAAAGCCCACAAUUCGGGCAGCCUGGGGCUGGUUGCAACCUGCUCCUUCUACGACUGCCUCUUGCACAUCUGGUCCGUACAGACGCCGCCCAACCAGGUCUCAACGGCUGCUGAUGACGGUGCCUGUCAGCGCUGA